AUGACUCGUUUGUCUGGCUACUCCAGCCGGAUAUUUGGAGGGCUAGUAUUUAUAUCCGUCUCUUGGCUACUCUUGUUUUGCCCAGACAAAGCUUGUGUUUCUAAGGUUUUGUUCUCUUGGGGAUUUUCUCAGAAAAGCAGCGACCAGACCAUGGCAGAAGUCAACUCAAAAACCUCGUCACUUCACGUCGAGUCUUCCAAGCCUUUCAAUGAAGAACGUCAGCUAUUUGAUGGACUCUCUGACGAGGAAACUCGAUUGAUAGAGAAGAAGCGUAAGCUCCCAAACUCCUUUGGGUAUAUGCAGACUAACAAAAUCAUAGUGGUUCGCAAAAUCGACUUACAUCUGAUCUCAGCGUUGUUUCUGCUAUUCAUCUUCAACAUCUUGGACCGCUCCAAUAUUGCCAAUGCCCGACUAGGGGGAAUGCAGGAGGAUCUGGGUCUCUCAGAAAGCCAGUAUCAGACUGCUGUAGCCAUUAUGUUUGUUGGUUACUUGCUGGGCCAAGUCCCCAGUAACAUUAUUUUGACUCGGCUCAAACCCUCACGCUAUAUUCCAUCCGCUAUCUUCAUAUGGGGAGGUAUUUCUCUAUGCACAGCAGCAACAAAAAACUUCACUGGGAUUAUGUGUGUGCGAAUCUUCCUUGGAUUUGCUGAAUCUCCAUUCUUCCCAGGAGCACUGCUCUUGAUUUCCUCAUGGUAUAAGCCAUCUGAGAUUGCCGUUCGAGUCGCAAUCGUUUACUGUGGAAAUACCGUUGCCAAUGGAUUUGGUGGCCUGCUGGCUGCAGGUAUUAUGAGUGGCUUGAAUGGAAAGGGGGGACUCGAGGGAUGGAGAUGGCUCUUCAUCAUCGAAGGCGCUGGAACAAUGGUUGCUGGACUGCUCGCAGUAGCUCUGCUGCCAGACUUCCCUCGGUCUGGCAAACAGAAGUGGCUCACCGAACAGGAGCAGCGCCUGGCAGAGUGGCGUCUCGCUCGUGUAGCAAAUGACGAGGUUGAUGAGAACGGCUCUGUCAAGGAGGCACUUCGAGACGCUUUCCUUGAUCCAAAGGCAUGGAUACUGAUUCUCAUCCAAGUCUGCCAGCUCUCAGCUCAGACUUGGACAUACUUCUUCCCUACUAUUGCGAAAACCCUGGGCUACAGCGAUAACGUUACACUGUUGAUUAUUGCGCCAGUGUAUAUCUUCGGCUUCAUCACUGCGCUGGGCAACUCUUUUAUCGCGACUAAAACCGACCAUCGAGCGAUACUCAUUAUCUGGCCCCUUUGUAUAGACAUUGUUGGGAAUGUGAUGGUCAUUUCCUCUCGUGCCACAGCCGUUCGAUACGUGGGAAUGUUCUUGAUGUGUGCCGGAUCCUAUUCGGCGUUCAAUGUCGUCCAAGCAUGGAUUGCCAGCACAAUCCCUCGCACCAGGACAAAGCGUGCCAUCGUGUAUGCCCUUGUGAAUUUGUUCGGCAACUCGUCCAACAUUUACGGGUCGUAUUUCUUCCCCACUUCGGACUCUCCUCAAUAUCGACCGGGUGGCAUCACUUUGUCCGCUUUCGCUGCAGGUGGAGUCGCGCUUUCGCUUGCUCUGGCUGGCUAUCUUCAUCUGUUAAACAAGAAAGCCAAAAAGGCAGAAGCAGAAGAUGGACAGACACGAUACAAGUAUAUUUGGUAG